AUGGAUGAUGUGUCAAAAGAAAGUUUAAUGAAAAGCUCAAAGAAAAGCGAUGACGUCGUUGAUAAUACCGCGCCUGGAAAAACAAUUGUAACGGAAGAGGACGAUCUUCCGCCGUUGCUACCUCUGCCUCCGAAACCUUCUCCCCAACUUGAAUCUCUUCCACCUGACUCUUCUCCUACUUCCGAUAUCAGCACCCCAGACGCUUCAGCCUCCCCCACAAGCUCUCAAUCCGAUCAACUGGAACAAACCGAAAGCACACCUAUUGGCGAGCCAGUACGCUUGGAGAGCCCCAAAGACGAGGAUGCUGAAGUGCUUUACGCUAGGUCUGAUCCUCUGAACCACCGGAUAGAGCGUGCCAUUCAACGAUAUAAAAAGAAUCGGAAAUUUAACACCACUCGCCAUCAAAUUCUCAGCUCUUAUCUUUCGUAUGGUGGCAUAAACACAUCUCAAAAGGCGUUUCUCGGUAAUGGUGAUGAGGUUGAUCCUGAAGAUGAUGCUGACAUCAUAGCUGCGAAACAAGCGACUGAUUUGAUUGAUGACGAUGUUAUUGAUAGCUCUGAA